AUGACGUCUGGUCGAAGCAGCAUUAAAUAUCAUAUCAUACAGCAGGGAGAAAGACUGGAUGAGACCAGGAAGAAAAUAUUGUGUCCAAAGUUAACAAGAUAUAAGUUAUUGGCUAUUGUGUUUAUUUUAGUGGUAACUGUAUUCUGUAUUGUUAUAUCCAAUAGUCAGUUACAUUUUUUACGUGGAAAUUCAGUUUGUUUAUCAGGGAAUUCGUCAAAUCAUAAAGAACGUUUAGAGCACCUGCCUCAUACUAAACGUCGUCUACCUCAGUGUAUUAUUAUUGGAGCACGGAAAGCAGGCACCAGAGCUCUACUUUCAUUUUUAAACAUUCAUCCAGAUAUACAGGCAGUAGGGCGAGAGUUACAUUUCUUUGAUUUUGAUGAGAACUAUGAACUUGGGUAUGAUUGGUACCGUAAGAAAAUGCCUUAUACUUAUAAAACUCAAUUAACUAUAGAGAAAACACCAUCUUACUUGGUAGAAAGUGUUGUUCCAGAACGUGUCUAUGCCAUGAACUCGUCCAUUAAACUAAUACUCAUAGUGAAAGAUCCAGUAGAACGUACCAUAUCAGACUAUGCUCAAUUCCGUGAAAAUAAAAUCAUUCGUCACAAGCCAGUGAUACCUUUUGAGAAUUUGGUGAUAGAUGCAGACACUGGAGAUAUCAAUCGUUCAUAUAAUGCUGUUCGAAGGUCAAUAUACUGCAGACAUUUACAAAAAUGGUUGAAAUAUUUUAGUUUUGAUCAAAUUAAAAUUGUGGAUGGUGACAAUUUAACUAGAGCUCCAUGGAAAGAAAUUCGUAAAGUGGAAUCCUUUUUAGGUAUCAGUCAUGAAAUAACCAAGAGUGACUUUGUUUUUAAUGUGUCACGAGGUUUUUAUUGUAUUAAAAAUGACGAUGCAUCAGAAAAGUGCUUAUCACGUUCCAAAGGUAGAAAACAUCCCAGCAUUCAGCCAUGGAUUAAAAAUAAACUACGUGCAUUUUUUCAUCAGUUUAAUUUGAAAUUUUAUCGAUUAACUGGUCGAGAUUUUGGAUGGGAUGACUCGUAUUAUGAAGAUGAAGAAGAAGAAGAAAAAGGGCAAGAAUGA